AUGUCAACAAAAGAGCUACAAGUUGAUAGAACCCUUGGUAACGAUGAUGAUGAAAGAAGUAAAGGUGGAGACAAAAAAGAGAAGAAAAUGGACAAGAAGCCGCUGAGAGAAGAGGAAUCUGACAAAAAGGACAAGGAUGAAAACAGCAAACAGAAGAGGAAGAAGAGCGGCGAUGUGAAGAAAUCUACAAGAGAUAAAAAUGAGGACGAUUCAGACAGACGAAAAGCUUCGCAAAGGCCUACAGAAACUGGAGGUGAGGAAAAAGAUUCGGGUCUUGAAAAGAAAGACGAUGAAAAAGAAGGUGUGAAGAGGAAAGAUGACGAGAAGGAGGUGGUGAAAAAGAAGGAGAAAGUGAAGAAGGAACCGCCCGAAGACUCGAAAAUGACGAAACCAAAAAAACUCAAGUCUUCGGUUAGAAAGAAGCUGUCCAACAAUGAAAUAUCGAAAAUGGAAAUGCAGUGGGCUAGGAAUUUUGUAUUUCAGACGCCAAAAGAUGAAGUCGAACUGUCGACUUUGCAACUCGAACCGCCGCUGUCGACAAGUGCCAAAUUAAUGGAGGAAUAUAAGUUUUCCAUUCAGCAAGUCCACACUCUUCUCAUUCAAUUAAUGCGACGCGGAAACGGGACAACCGACUUGGAGAAUAUCAAAAGUGAGAAGGGUCAGACUGCACCCGAGCGUCUUUACAAGGCGAUUAAUCAAGCUACAGUAUUCUGGUGUACAGCUACAGAACUUCAACCAAUGCUGAACGAAUCGGUGAAAACGAAUACCACUCAACUUGGACUCGCCGAGAGACAUUUGCAGGAAAGAGGCCCGAAGCAUUUGAAACGGAUCAAGAAAUUUGUGUACAAUCAAUGGCAACAGUACGUUGAAUUGAAAAAAGACUUGGCGAAACUGAACAAAACGAGACCCGACAGUGUGCAUAUGAAGGAGGAGCUGCUUCAGAAGAUCAGCAGAUUUAUUCAAGAGAAAUAUCUCGAUGCGAAGUCGGCGCAUAUCGGAGAGAUUCAGGCGGCACUUGUUGAAUUAUCGAUGUACCAUCGAUCAGCUGAGCGAUAUUGAAGAAUGAUCAAAACUUUGAUCCUCACCACUUUGGUGGCCUUCACUGCUGGUUCAGCGCUUCCGAAGGUGCUUCCAUUUGUGGAUUCGUCUCUUCCAAUCACUUUCCGACAAGUGAUUGCUCAGCCAGCUCCGAAGAUCAUCUCCAACAGUGCUGCUUAUGGUUAUGCUGUCGAUUUCUCGGUGCCGGCCACCCUUCAGCGGCUUCAGUGCGUCAGACAAGCUGGAUACAAUGUCGCCUUCAUCAGAGUUUACAACCCGGCCGGACAAGGUUCUUUCGAUGUCAACUCUUGCAGUUCCAUCCAAAAUGCUCAUUCCGCUGGACUUGGAAUCGAAGUCUACAUGACUCCACAACCAGCAUCUUCGAAGCAAGGUUACCAGCAACUCGACGAGAUCUACCAAGGACUCACUUCUCGUGGAAUCACCAUUCGCUCUGUUUGGGUUCAGGUCACUUCGCCAGCUAACUGGCCAGGAACUGCCACACAGCACGUCAACUUCAUCAACAGCAUCAUUUCGAGAGCCAAGCAAUACGGGCUCACCGUUGGAAUCUAUACCAGCUAUUACGAUUGGAAUCAGAUCACCAAUGGAUGGAACAGCCUUGGUAGCAAUGUUCUUCUCUGGUACUGGAAUGUGCUUGGAGGAGGAGUCACCGGAGAAUCGCCAGCCAACUUCGACGACUUCCGACCAUUCGGAUGCUGGCGUACGCCAUCCGUCAAACAGUUCGCACAGGUUGAGGUCGUCUGCGGUCUCACUGUCAAUCGCGAUGUCUACACCAACGCCGGAUUCCAAAUGUCGGAGGCCAUCGAAGGCGAGAAGGAUGAAAACAUCAUCGUCGGAUCGCUCGGAAUUCAGCACUAG